UUUCUUUUUUUCCGGAGAACGGUCGCGGUGACUAACUUUUCGGCCGGGAUUGCAGUGAACACCACAGACCGCUGGUUGAUCUCACUUGGACAAUUCUGCUGUUGCUCUCAUUUCCUGGCCUUUACAAACUGAGAAGUUAUGUCCCAAGAAAGGCGGGGCCAAGUUUGUCAGGCCGUUUUAUGACAAAGCUUCGCGGGGGGACACGUUUGAGGGGUCAGUCAGCUGGACAGUGACGAUGUGAUUACCCUACUCAAACCCCCCGCUGUUUCCUUUAACACGGAUCUGCCACAAAAGCGGUUUCCCCAGCGGAGCGCUCGCUUCUCUCCCCCGUUGUUUAACUAAUCUGAGCGCGACGAGCUCGGAUUGGCCGUCCAGCGAAGCGGCGUCAGGCUCGCCCUCCUUUUCAAAAUCAUAACGAGCCGCGUCCGAAGAAUCGGGAGCAGAGAAAUCAGUCCAGCAAGAAAGUAAAAAAAAAUAACACACAACGCAGCGCGGUCUACGGAAGCCGGACCGGAUAACUUGGCUGCUUUUCCCUUUCCGUUGCACGGGGGAACUUGUUGAACGAGAAGCCGGCGAGGGCACAUCUGAAGAGGUGGACGCGCGCUGCGGGUUGGGCAAGGGCAGUGUUCUGCUAUGGGAUGGAUGAAGCCCAGCAGAAUCAAUAUGAGUUGCGUUUGAAGGAAGUCUUUGACACAUUUGACUCCAGUAAUUCUGGUUCCCUGUGCCUAGAGGAGCUUUCUGAGCUGUGUCAGGUACUGCAUCUUCAGGAAGUUGAACCUCUCUUAUUGGAGGCUCUACUGACAGAAACAGACAGCAAAAGCAGGGUUAAUUUUGAGGCAUUCAAAGAGGCCCUGAUUUUUGUACUAACAACAACUAUAGAAGCACAGACGUGCACGGAAGAGGAUGACCAACAGCAGCCAGAGUCUGUAGAAGUUGAUCCCAAGUUUGUGAAGGAUGGCAAGCAUUAUGGCCGCCGGUCGGCACCUGAAUUGGGAGAGUUGGCAGAGGGCCUCACUGAUAAAACCCUUCCACAUGGGAUUCAGGAAAACGGUAGUCCAUAUACCCCUAAUGAUUGUGAGAACCUGAGGGCUCUCGAGCACAGAAGUGAAGAAUAUGAAGCUGAAGGUCAGCUUCGGUUUUGGAAUCCUGAUGAUCUGGGUGCCUCAAGAACAGGUGUCUCCUUAUCUACUGAUGGGCUGGAAGAGCACUUGGCAGAAGUCUUCAAUGAACUAGGAGUCUCCUGCAAUGGAUAUGCCAGCCACAAGGAACUGGUGCAAGUGUGUGAGCGUCUGGGGUUAGAGACCCUUGAAGACUCCCUGGUGAAUGUGGACAACAAUGGAACUUGCAGCGUGAAGGAUUUCAUCUGUGCCAUCCUGAGAAAUCGUAAGCCACCCACCCCCUCUGCAUCAACUCCUUACAGGCAGUUAAAAAGGCACCUCUCCACACAGCCAUUUGAUGAGAGCGGUAGACGUACAGCCACCCCGUCUGCAAUGGCCAGCACAAUUGGAUUACGCCUCUUUUCCAGCCUGGAUGAUGGGUCAGGAUACACUCCGGCUGAUCAGGUUAUGGAUGCCUGGCAAGAAGAAGGCAUUGAUAACAGCCAUGAAAUACUGCAGGCGCUGGACUUCAAUACUGAGGGGAAGGUGAAUCUGAGCGAGUUGACAGUUGCCCUUGAGAAUGAGCUUCUUAUCACCAAGAAUGGAAUUCAUCAGGCAGUGCUGGCAAGCUUUAAAGCUGAGAUCCGUCAUCUACUGGAGCGUCUGGACCAUGAAGUCAGGGAGAAGGAGAAGGUUCGUAAUGAUCUUGACAAGGCCGACAAGUUCAAGACACAAAUGGCUACAGAAGUAGACGAGCACCACAGUGCACUUGAACGCCUUAAUGACUAUAACAUCAGAAAGCUAAGUGAGGAAUAUAAAGAAAGGUUGGUUGCAGUGAAGGCUGAGCUGACAAAUGAGAGAGAUGUGAUCCUGCAUCAGGCGAGCAAACACCGGCGAGAUCUGGAAAAAAAAAUUGAGGGGAUGAAGGAGGAGGAGGCAUAUCUCAGAGACCGUCUGACUCUUGCUUUUAAGGAGAAUAGUCGUUUGGAAAUUGAACUCCUGGAGAACAUGGAUAAGCUAAUAGAAAGUGAGAAUCUGGCCAGCAAACUGCAAAAGAAUUUGGAUAGCAUCUUGAGUGAGCGGUUUGGAGACCUGGAUCCAAGCAGUGCUGAAUUUUUCCUUCAAGAAGAGCGGCUUAGAAAGAUGAGGGCCACCUAUGAAGAGCAGUGUCGAGAACUGCAAGACCGGAUUGAUGAGCUGCAGCUGGAGCUGGAGGAAUACCGCACCCAGAGCAAGGUCUUCCGCACUCCAGUGAAACAUUCCUUGUUAGAAGAAUUUGAUACGAAGAGUGAUGGCAUUAAUCUAGAUCCAGAUGUUGGUUCUGAGGAGGCUCACACUUUAAAUAUCAGUCUCGAGGCCGAGAUGAUGAUGGAGCAAAUGAAGGAGCACCAUCGCCAAGAUGUGGCUAGCAUUCAAAAGGAGUUGGAGAGCAAGUUUGAAAAUAAGUUGGAGGAAAUAGAGGCUGCACACAAGUUACAGUUGCAGAACUUGGAACGGCACUGCCAGGAGCAGAAAGAAGAAAAUGUCCAGGCUCAGUCCCUAGUUAAGGACUUGUAUGGCCAGGUUGAAACUCUAAAUGUUCAACUAGAAACAGAAAAGCAGCUGCAAGAACAGGAAAGAGAGAAGCUAGUGAGCCAGGUCAAAGGUGAAAUUUCAGAGCUGGAGAAACAAUGGUCAGAGAAGGUGGGUACAGCUCAUGCCCAAAUCUCUGAAUUGCAGCAACAGCAUGCAGAAGAAAUGAACCAGUCCAAGACUGAGAUUUUGGAAUUGGACAGGAAGCACAGAGAGGAGGUAGCCAAUAUCCAGGCUGACAUAUCUAAGCUAGAGAGAGAGCAUGCAGAGGAGCUGAGACUUUCACAAGCCCAUAUCUUUGAGAUGGAAGAAAAAUGGGAAAGGGAGAAGCAUGCACAUGCUACAGAUAGGGCAGAUCUAGUCAAACAGCAUGCAGUAGAGGUAAGCCAGCUAGAAGCUCGGAUCGCUGAACUAGAGAGGUGUCAUGCAGAAGAGGUGAAGCAGUCAGAAGCUAGAAUUGCUGAACUAUCCUUGGAUUUGCAAAAAAUGGAGCAGACCUAUCGAGUUGAGAUGGCCAUGCUGGAAAAAAAGUACAUGGAAGAACAAGCACGUUUGGAAAAGCUGAGUGAUGAAUAUCGGAGAGAACAUGUGGCCGCUGAACGUGACAAACUGCUUGCAGAACUGGAGUUAAAAGAGGAACAAUUCAUGAAACAGUUCAGUCAUGAAAAAGCCUUGCUUGAGCAGCAGCAUGUUAUGGUGCUUGAAGAGUUGAAUGCAAAACACUGUGAAGAGAAAGACAAGCUAACUGGAAUGCUAGAGAAGCUUGAGAAGAAGCUGCAUGAUGAGAGGAAUAACCUGGAAAGACACUUUAACCAAAUGAUCCAAGAGGUGGAGGCAAAGUACUUAUCUGAACAGCAUGCAUUUUCUGAGAGCUUCAAGACAGAAGUCAGUAAACUGAAGGCAUUCCACAAACAGGAGCUGCAAGAACUAACUCAGCUACAUGCUGAGGAGAAAGCACAAUGGGAAUUUGAAAAAGAGGAAACACUUCAGGAAUGUGAACAACUUCAGGAGGCUCUGCAAAAAAAGAUGGACCAGGAGAGGAAGGUGCUGUAUGAGAGCCUUGUUCAGGAGAAAGAUGCCCUAGAAAAGUGCUAUGAGGACAGGCUUAGUCAUGUGGUUAAUCAAAACCAACAGCUUCUGAGUGAGCUGGAUGCUCUGAAAGCCUGUGGACAACUUAAACAUGAAGAGGCACUGCAGCCACUUGUGAUUAAUGAGUCACACGGAUUACUAAAUGUUAAAGAAGAGCUAUUGACCAAAGCAAAAGAUCAAGUCCUAACAAGAAAUGAACAACAACAGGAGGCCACUGAAGACUUUGAGCAGAAACAAGCCAGUCCUCUGGCUUGGCUCCAUACCUUUGAUCAAAAAACAAACACUGUGUGCAGUGCUGAACAUGAAUCCUGGGAACAACAGUGCCAGACAACUGCAGAGAUCUGCACCUUUGAGAGCAGAAUUGGAGAACAGCAAACCAAAGCUCCACCUUUGAAAAAGCUACAGGAAGAGCACAAAGAUCACAAACCCAAGAACUUUCACAUGACACCUGAACCAUCACAGUAUGAUAAGACUGAGCAGGAAAGUGGUGUCAAGUUACUUGAAGUACAAGAGAACAUUUUAAUUGAAGAUACUGGAGUCGCAACAAGUAUUUGUGAUGGGCAUAGUACCUCUUCUGGGACAAAACUACUUGACAGAGAUGAAACUCCUAGUGCUGAUGAUGUUGAUGCUCUUCAAGAAAGAAUCCAAGCACCAGGACAAGAGAUGGGAACCAUUCCUACACUACAGAAAGAACUAGAAUGUGCUUUUCAUGAGUGCGACAAGUGCCAUGUGAAAGUUUCUGAAUUAACUGUAAAAGCUGAAGAACAUGAGCAUCAGAGUAGCUUCUUGGCUACUCUGCAAUUGCAAUUGAAUUCUACCAAUGAGGAGAACCUGCAGCUUAAGUUGCAGCUUUCCCACCUUCAGGGAAGGAUUAGCAAAUUGCAAGCAAGCUUUGAGGACAGAAUAAGAACAACCAACCUAGAAAACCAGGAAUGUCACCAAGAAAUCUCUGGAUGGAUUAAAAGAUGUGAAGAGCUAAACUGCAAAGUCCUACAGUUGUCUACUGUUCAGCAGAGCUAUGAGGAGAGAACCCUAGAGAACCACAUACUGAAACAGGAGCAUGAAGUUCUUAAGCUAUCCAGCCAAGAACUACAGGAAAGCAUGGCAAAACUUGAAGAUCAGCAGGCCAAAGAGACAGUAGUCAGGCUGACCAAUGAAAAUACCCAGCUAUAUGCUCAAGUGAUGGAGCUGAAAAAGCAAGGAGAGGCCCUCAAAAUCUUGCACCCUCAGGUGGAAAUGGCCGAUAUGAAUACCCAGAAGGAUGAGAGUUUUCAGGAUCUUAAUGCACAGCUGUGUUCCAAGAUCCAGGCAGUGUCUGAGCUGGAAGAAAGCUGUACUGCUUUGGAGUGUGAGAACACGCGGCUGAGAUCCUUGGUGAGUGACCUCCAAGAGAAACUCCAGGAACAGACUAAAAUCUGCAGGCUUGAGGCCAGCAGGUUAGCAGAACAAAAUAUUAGUCUAAAGGAAGAGCUUAAGGAGAACCACGACUUGGCACUGCAUUCACUAAAGGGACUUGGUGGAACCCAAGAGGAAAUUCUUUCCACAGUAGAAAAGUUAAAGGCAGAGAAGACUUCAGCAAAAAAAAUGGUGGACACCUUAAGGGCACAGCUUGCAGAAGUCCAAACUCACAGCGAACAACUUCAAAGGGAGAAUGCUGAGUUGUCUUUUAAGAUUGGUCAGCUUUUGAGACAUAGGGAGAAACGAGAAAGUGGACGACGUGGGCACAGCCAUCACCUUGAGGAGAUGAACAAGGAAAAAGAUGCUCUUAUUGCUGAGCUUGGAAGUGAGAAAAAACAGAUAAUCUCACGCUUGUCUGCCCUGGAGGUAGAGCUGUCAAAGGUUCAAGAGAGGAGUGUGUCAUUGGAACAAGAGAAGACCCGGCUUAGCCAAGAGCUGUUUGCUGCUAAGGAACAGCUUGCCAAAGCCAUCCAAAUGCAGAGUGAACUAAGCAACAAGAAUGAAAAACUGAGCAAGGAGAAAGAAGUUCUGAGUGAAGAGUUGAAUCGCUGUGUAGAUAAGGUUGCAAAAGCUGCUUCCUUGGAAAGCCAGCUUGCUCAUCUCAAGACGGAUAGGCAAGCUGCUGAGCAGCUUGUGGGAAUUCUGAAGAGUCAGUUGUCCACUUCUCAGGAGAAGGUACAUAGUCUAGACGAAGCCCUACAGAACAGCAACUUGCAGAUGUCGCGACUAAAGUCUGACCUGCGUGUCUCCCAGCAGGAGAAAGAGACACUCAAACAUGAAGUAAUGUCCCUGCACAAACAGCUGCAGAAUGCCAAUGACAAGAACCAAGUUCUGGAGCUGUCACUACACUCUGCAGGAUAUCAGAACCAGCACAAAAAACUCUACUGGGAUGACCUGACAAGACUGGUGGAGCAGGAGCAGCAACUACUGAGGCAGGAAAAUGAGAGGCUUCAGAAGGAGAUGCAGAACACCAAAGGAGACCUGCAACAUUCAAGGGAAAAGAUCCGGCAGUUAGAAGCUGGCGUCCUGUCCCUGAAGCAACACAAGCAGCACAACCAGAGUAGCCUUGUGAAAGUACUUGAACAGGAGAAGCUCGCCCUGCAAAGAGACCUGGAGCAAAUGCGCAAAGAACUUCUGGCUGCUAACAGGAAGCUGAGUGACCUGAGCGACAGUGUUCAGGAGGUUGAAAACCUGAAGAUGGAAAAUGAAAACCUACGGGUCAGGCUGUCAAGAAUGGAGAGAGAAUUUCUUGAGACCCAACAGUAUAUCCAGGCUCAGAACAGGUUGCUACAGACAGAACGCAGAGGAGCAUCGAGGGCUCAAGAGCCAGCCAGCAUGGGACCUGAUCUCAAUAUGCAGCAGGGGGCUCUUCCGGAGCAGCGAGCAGUGCACACAGACACAUACCGAAGGAUUGGCGGACUGUGAAGGCACGGCAAUGUUAAGAAAAUUCUCCCGCCCCCCCACACCACACACAUACCAGCACCUUGCUGCUUUUAAUCAUCUGUUCAGACUGAAGCUAACCUGGAUACUGCAGACUCUCCAGUUAGAUGAAGGUUGAGAAGCAUGCUGUGUUGAGAGCUGCAACGGGCCUCCUGGACUGGGAUCGGCCAGAACAGACUGCAUGACUGGGAAAAUCUUACAUUUUUUUUCACCCACAAGAUUCUUUGGUAAAUGAAUGCAAGAGCCUACAGAAAUCUGGAAUGUGUUUUAACUUCUGGAGCCAUUUGUAAUUGGUAAACCGGUAAAGUGGCCGUUAUUUGAAAUGAGACCAUAUUAAUUAUUCGUUUUUAAACAAAGUUCACUUUUUUGUUUUUCUCGUUGAGUAAAUAAUGAAUCUGGUUCUCAACUCUAUGCAAAGCAUAGUGCUUUAACGCAGUGGUGGGGCUGGAAAAAUAAAUCGGUGUUAACUUUGGCAGGGUAAACUUGUCACGUUAAAGCUGGAGCCAGCAGAGGUAGGACUGGUAUGACCCCAAUAUGAUUUUUAAAUAUCUGUGGACUCGGCUUUUGUUAGCCUGUGAGAGCCCCCCAAAAACUUAUUAGCAGUGGCAGCUCAUCUCUUUGUCCACCCUUUGGGGGCAUAUUGGUAUUUUGCACUUUGAGACUUGUUAAAGUGAAACCAAAGGCAUUUACUGUUUUUCCCUCCCGUAAGACAUAAAACAGUAGCAUAAUCUUCACUCUUUAAAAGCUGAAAAAUUACCACAUAUGGGUUAUUCUGUAUCAUAUCUUGCUUGCAUCUAAAGAUUAUUUUAUGUCUUUUAUUUAUUGACUUAAUUUUGACAGUCUUCGUUUUUAUGUCCUAUUACAAAGUUAAAUCAUAAUGUAUUAUCUGUUGGCUGAGUGCUUGACAUGGCGUGGCUUGAUACUAAAGGGUCAAAACCACUUGUUAGAUAAAUGCAGUGUACUUAAAAACAUGGAUAACAUUUCUCAGGUUGAUGUAGUUUAGUCAGUGGCCCACUCUCUGUGUCCAAGCCUUACAAACAGACCUUGUGAUUAAGGCACUGAAUCUUGUGUUUUAACAUUUUGGUACCUUUUCAUGUCUUUAGGCUCAUCCCUUUUUAAACAAACAAAUGUAUGGAUCGAAGCCAGCAGGUCUACAAAGUAAUAGAUCUCUUCUUACCCCAAUUAGAUUUGGCCAGAUCUGAAGAGUCAUUAUUUCAGGGUAUCGGCAACUCAGUACCUAGAGAUGUGCUGGGGUGCUGGUUCAGGGUUUUCAGAGAAUAAUCCCAAGCCCCUCAGAUAGUACAGCUUUCAGUGAACAAACCAUGAUGCAUUCUCAUGUAAUCUUCGAUUCUUCCCCUAGAUCUUGUGAUUUAUAUUAAGUUUCUUACUGCCCUGUCAUUUUUUGGUUUUCUGUUAAAAGUGAAUGUUUUAUUCUGACUGUUUGACAUUAUUAUUUAACAGUAUAUUGCACUAGGUAAAAAAAAAAAUCGUGUCCUUGUAAUCAGAGAGUGCUAGCAUCACACAUGAAUGUGCAUGUGUGGGCUUCUAUAAUACACAAAAAAUGAGGGCUUGUAUCCAGUAUUUUUAUAAAACUAUUUAAUAUGUACAAAAGUGUAUGUAUAUAUAGAAGGCAGAUGUUUUUAAAGCAUAAGUAAGUUUGUUACCUGAUGUACAGUUUAUGGAGACCUUAUUUAUUUUUGUUUGACUUGAUAUGACUGGAGUUGAGCUUCAGGUAAAAAAAAAAAAAAAUCCCUUUCUGGUACUACUGUGUUUGGCCACCAGGUGGCACUGGCAGCACUAUGAGGCACUUCCUGCUGAACUUUGUUGUUCUCUCACUGAUGGGCAGUGCAAAGUGAACAGGAGCAUGCCAUUGCUGCUUCCAGCUGCAGCCUUACCAGUUAUGAGCUGUAAGCUAACCUUUUUGAGUGUGGCGGUCACCACCCUCACUUGACUAAUUUCUGUUCUGAAUUCAGGCAUGUUUUGGUACAAGACAGAAUUUUUGUCUUCCCUUGUCCUUUUUAGAAUAUGAAUAAUUGGCUGUUUCAAUGGCUACAUUUGAAGUGAAGAGUAAAAGACUGUCACAUCUUUGUUUCUCAUGGUUUCUAAUUCUUUGAGAAUGUGAACAAUUAUAUUGGCUGUUCAUAAUCUACUAUACUAUGGUGGGCUGGUGCCCUGCCCGGGGUUUGUUUCCUGCCUUGCACCCUGUGUUGGCUGGGAUUGGCUCUAGCAGACCCCCGUGGCCCUGUAGUUAGGAUGUAGGGGGUUGAAUAAUGGUUGGUUGGUAAUCUACUAUAUUGCAACAUUAAGCAAAUAUUUUAAUGUUAGCCUGUCCCAAAUAACAACAGUAAAAAGAUUUUUUGAUAGGUUGUCUUGAGACUGGCUUGUAAAAAUUGAACCUUGGUAAUCUUUAUAUUCCUCCUCAAGUGUGAUGAUGCUGAUGAUAGUAAUGGAAGUAGAUCUUUCACCAGAGUUCUUUACAUUGUCCUUAAGUGUAACACAGGGUAGGUUGGAAGUGGACACCUUCAGCUUUUAACACAUAAGUAGUAAAUCAAUUUUGUAAAUGGUCUCAUUUAUCUAUUUUAAAAAUAUUUAUUACAGAGCUCCUUCAUUAGCCCUUUCCCUUACUUUUCCAAUGAGAAUGUGAUGGAGAUCUUUGAUGGAUCCUUGUAAGCAUAGGCAGAGUUUUAUCCACAUCCUCCAGGCUGAGUGGAAAUGCCUGUAUGAUCUGCACUAGCAUGCACAGAAUCACUCAAAGGAGGGCUGCGUUUACAAAGCUUCUUUUUAUCGUUCUUACUCUCCGUGCUUGUCUGUAUUUAGAUGUGCUCUCAUGUGUAGUGCUGUUGUAUAUUCAUGUAAAGUGCUGUGGAUUGUAUAUUUGUGUGUGUGUUCUUUUUUUUAAACUCUUUGUUUAUUUGUUAUUUAUUACUGUAAAAUGUGAUUUUUUUUCCCCCAUAUUUUAACUUUAUUUAAUUGUAAUUUAUUUUCUUUCUCACCAUAUUUCUUUUUUGCAUCAUGUUACUGUGAAAACAAGAAUUCUUUUUUAUUGUGAAGAGCAAUAAAGCAAUGGAACAGCUGA